AUACAAUCUUUGGUCAUAACUGUGCGACUUAAGCUGCCCCGUCUUCUUUGUUUGAUUAGCCUCCGAGUGUCAUCGCUCAUCGCUCACGGGGCAAACCGAGUAUGUUAUUUCCAAGCUCGGCACCGGCCGUCACUUUCCCCCAGAACUAUGACGCUGAGGUAUCUGGGACCCGUUUGCAUCGGGCUCGGGUUGGCAUCUGGCUUCAUCCUGCUGUAUCUUUCGCAAGGAGUCGAGCAGCGGUCGGAAACUGUCCAGCCGCUGCGGCGAUGGGAAGUCAAGAAGGAUACAGCAACAAAAUCCACCAACAGCACGGUAUCAGCGCGUGCGCAUCGGCUGGUUCCUCGCAGGCUGCCUGCUUUCAACGGUUCUUCAUAUUAUAAAGUCUCGAAUCAGACGUGGGUGAUGGGACCGCCGGGGGUGACCGUCGACAUGCCCGGAGUUUACCGUGGCUGUGUGCCCAGGCCAAAGGACGAGGUAUCCUUGUCGGAGGUGGUGACUGGUGGCCUGGUCGAGAAAUCGCCGAAGAUGACCGUCGAAGUCUGUCUGAGGAGGUGCAUUGCUGAGAGUUUUACGUAUGCAGCCCUCAGCCGGGGCAUGGAGUGUUUCUGCAGCGAUGUCAGGGGCCAGACGGCCCUGCUUAACUACACGGAGAGCGCCAACUGCAACAUCUCCUGUCCAGGGCGGUCCCAGCAAGGCUGUGGAGGAUUGGAGUACAUGUCUCUGUACAGAACAUCCGUACCAGACACAAGGUGUUCAGACGUAAGGCUUAAUCCUGUCGGCAGCCUGCCGCUGAUAGCACUGGCCAGCUACCCUCGCUCUGGAAGCUCCUGGACGCGGCUUCUUAUCGAGAGGGCGACAGGAUUCCUGACUGGAACUGUCCACCCACGUGAAAAACUGUUCUCGUUUUUCGAUAAACGCUUUCCCGCGGUAAGAAUGGACUAUCGUCGGAACCAGACGGUAUGCGUCAAGAGCCACUUUUACACCCUGUCACACAUACAGUCGUUCGAGCGCACCAUUUUGCUCGUGAGGAACCCUUACCACUCUAUUGUCUCCGAGAUAUUCCGGAUACACACGGUGGAAACCAACGGAACUGUAAACGAUUCGCUGAAGUUCAUCCGCUCAAAAGCCUGGGAACGCUAUACUCUGAAAGAAGCCCGGAGAUGGAGGGACACGGCCAUUCAAUGGAUCACCAAAACACAACGGAUUAUGGUGUCACACUACGAGGACCGUCAGAGAAACACAUAUGAGGAACUAGCCAAGAUUGUCAAGUUCCUAGACGUCCCGGUGCCGCAGGAACGCUUACUCUGCGCCGUGCAGGAGUGCCCGUCGUCUACCUCCAGGUUUUUAGGCAGCAUCCUUCCUGCUGAGCACCUGGGAGGGAGGUUGUACCUUCGCCAGAACCCGUACCCUGCCAAAACCCGGGUGUUGCUGGAUUCAUACAUUAAGGAAGUCAAUGCGACACUCCAAAAGCACAACCUCACAACUCUACCAAGUGACUACUCGGUCGAAGCAUUUUAGCCUUGAAGAAGGUGUAAAGAAAUGCUUUAUUUGUUCCUGGGUUUGAUAAUCUAGUAGGCGCUCUGUUUAUUAGAGCCUAUGAAAAUUUGAGGGCCCACCCGUAAACUUGCCAUAGUCUUCUUUACACACACAUAUAUAUACCGAUCGCCACGCGCGCCUUGACGAAAUGUCCGCGCUAAUGAGCAAGAGGUCGUUGGUUCGAAUCCAGACACAGUCUGGGAAUAUAGAUGUCGGGGUAAAGGUAAAACGAAGUAUCAAAUUAACAUUCCUGACUCAAAGCCAAAAUAAUAUCAUUAACUUUGACCAGAGUUAAGCUUUACAUCACUGAAACUAACGCAAUGACCAGGUGCCAACCAAUAGUACUAAGGCUAAAAAAAAGUCCCUGCGGUGUCUGGUCAGGAGCUGGCUCCAAAAGUGGUGCGGCGACGCAGU